AUGUACAAGCCGAACAGAACGUACGAGCACAAUGACCAGUCACGCACGGUUGUCAUUAAUGCCAAAGACCAUGUCGCCGGUAAGCUCGCAACAUUCGUUGCCAAACACAUACUGGAGGGUGUGCCAGUUACCGUUGUGCAUGCCGAGAACCUCGUCUUUACUGGGCCUAUAGAGCGAGGAGUAGGCCGAUUUAAGGACUUUUUGAACAAGAGAAAGCUUACCAAUCCGCUGCGUGGCCCAUUUCACCACCGAUCACCUUCUAUGUUGUUCACGCGUAUAGUUAAGCGCAUGGUACCUAAGAAAAAAUACAAAGGACAGUGCGCACUCUCCCUUCUCACGGUCCAUGAUAGCUGUCCCGAUGAUUUGGUCUCCACACACUGCAUGGUAUGUCCGAGGGCAAUGCUCAAAUACACAGCAGAUCCGAUUAGAAGGUUCUAUUACAUGAAGGAUCUGUGCUUUAAGUUUGGGUGGAAGUAUUUCAACGAGGUAGAGAGACAGAAUAAGGCGGUUGAGGAAAUAAAACAAAAGGAAAGAGAGGAGAAAGAGAAGAUCGCAGAACGGGAGAGCUCAAUAAGGGAAAGCGAUAAGUUUAAAAGAAGAGUUGAGGAGCUGAUGGCUCAAAUUGAGUAAAGUUUCUACUUAUUAGGA